UUUUAAAAUGUUAAGAGUUGAAUUUUUCCUAACUGUGAAAUUAUAUUUAGCUCAUGAGGAUGAUUAUGAUGAUGUCGAAAGUGAGGAUGAAACAAUCAAUGAGAUUGUGGAAAUUGAUAUUGGAGGUUCUGAGGAACCGGAAAUUGUGGAAAACAUAUCGGCCCAACCAUUAGGUGAUGAGGUUGCAAAAAGCAUCAGUGCUGAAAUUGAUGUGAAAUAUGAUGAAUUUGGUUAUUAUGUUGAGGCCGAUUGUAAGGAUGAUUUUGUUUCUCAGACUCAAACGAGUGAGAAUGAUGGAAAGAAAUUUAAUUUUGAGUCUGAUGUUGAAGAAAGUUAUGGUGUUUUAAAUCUAGCUUAUGAGAAUGAUGAAAAUAUUGGUGGUGACCAUAUUGUGAAAUGUGACGAAUACGGAUUCUUUGUUGAAUCUGACAGUAUUGGGGAUUUUGUUGUUCAAAAUCUGAUUAUGAAAAAUUGUGAAAAUAUGAGAGUGGCAUAUGAUUCUGGAGGCUCUGGUGACCCCGGAAUUGUUGAAAAUGUUUCUGAUGAGAAACAUAGAGUUGAGGUUUUUGAAAACCAAAGAGAGGAUAUUAAAGAGUGUGAGACCAAUUUGUAUGAUGACGGAGGAGACUGCACUGCAGAUAACAAAAGAAAAAAGAAAGGGUUUUGGUCAUCUUUGAAAAACUUAUUUUGUUCCUGCUGCAGUCGGAAAUAG